AUGAGUCAAUUGCAAUCGGGUAACGGCACAACAACAAAUAACAACAAUGGUACCGGCAAUGGCAAUACAAGCAUUACAGCCGACGGUUUUUCCAUUGGUGUCGCCGAAGACAGAAAUAAACGUUGUCGUCGAACAAUGGAAGACGCACAUUCUUACAUUACAGACUAUAUUGGCGUGCCACGACAAGGCUUCUUCGCCAUCUUUGACGGUCAUGCCGGUAAAGCAACUGCUGAUUGGUGUGGCGCGAACUUUCACAAGACACUUGCUGAAUGUUUAAGCGUGCAUGAAGGAAAACCCAUUCCAGAAAUUUUAAAUUUGGCAUUCCUCGAAGUUGACCGACAAGUCAACUUGAAUGAAGGCAAAUCUUCGGGCUGUACUGCAGUGGUUGCAUUUGUGCAAGCAAAAGGCGAUAAGGUAUGUCUGUAUAUAGGUUGCACUAUUAAGAGAUGGGGGCAAAGGGUGAAAGUGGGCUUGUCGAUUGGGAGUUGGAAUGAGGGCAGAAGAGGCGGCUUUACUGAGAGACAAACCUUGUACACCGGUAACGUCGGCGAUGCACGCGCAGUACUUUGUCGCAAAGGAAAGGCUGUUCGAUUGUCGUAUGACCACAAGGGAUCAGAUCACCAGGAGGCAAAACGUAUCACGGACCUUGGCGGCUUUAUGAUGAACAACAGAGUAAACGGUGUUCUGGCAGUAACUCGGUCGCUCGGCGAUUGUGUCAUGAAAGAAUUCGUAGUGGGCAACCCAUAUACAACCGAGACAGAGUUGGGCCAAGGCGAUGAUUUCUUGAUCCUUGCUUGUGAUGGGCUAUGGGAUGUAUGCGAAGAUCAAGACGCGGUGGAUUUGGUCAAGGAUAUCCAAGACCCUCAAGCAGCGAGUCGGAAGCUGCUGGAUCAUGCCCUUGCCAACUUUAGUACCGACAACCUAAGCAUACUCGUCAUCCGCUUUUAA